CUACGUCACUUCCGGAUGCGGCAAGACUCGGAGUAGUAGUAGGAGGCGGUUGAAUUCAGCUCUGAUCCUUUAGCUUCGUUAGCAUCGAGGCUAAUCAAUGACAGCUCGGUGUCGCUUUCGCUCAUCACCUGCCAGCACACACACACACUCCUCCACUGCUCUAUCAUCACUUCUUUCACCUGCGGAGGAGGAAGAGGAGGAAAUGUCCACCAUUUUAUUCCUUAUCAUCUGAGGAGUCGGCGGUGUUUCCAGUUGACGAUGAAUGGCCUGUCUGUCAGUGAGCUGUGUUGCCUGUUCUGCUGUCCUCCAUGCCCGAGCCGUAUAGCAGCUAAGUUAGCCUUCCUGCCCCCUGAGCCCACCUACACCCUCCUGCCGGAUCUGGAAGCAGGCCCGGUGUCCACCAGCUCCACCACGGCGCCCAGUCUGCGCUCUCGAGGCGGCGCUGGAGCAGUAGCAGCAGCAGGAGGAGGAGGAGGAGGAGGUGCUGGUGGAGGAGGAGGAGGAGGAGGAGGAGGAGGAGAGGGGCGCUGGAAGCUCCAUCUCACAGAACGGGCCGAGUUUCAAUAUUCUCAGCGGGAGCUGGACGUCACCGAGGUGUUCCUGACGCGCUCAAGUCGAGGGAACCGAGUGGGCUGCAUGUACAUCCGCUGCGCUCCCACGGCACGGUUCACCGUGCUCUUUUCCCACGGUAACGCUGUAGAUCUGGGGCAGAUGAGCAGUUUUUACAUCGGUCUGGGGACGCGCAUCAACUGCAACAUCUUCUCCUACGACUACUCGGGCUACGGCGUGAGCACGGGAAAACCGUCCGAGAAGAACCUGUACGCGGACAUCGACGCGGCGUGGCAGGCUCUACGCACGCGAUACGGCAUCAGCCCCGAGAACAUCAUCCUGUACGGGCAGAGCAUCGGCACGGUGCCCACGGUGGACCUGGCGUCGCGGUACGAGUGUGCGGCCGUCAUCCUGCACUCUCCGCUCACCUCGGGCAUGAGGGUCGCCUUCCCCGACACCAAGAAGACCUACUGCUUCGACGCGUUCCCCAACAUAGAGAAGGUGUCGAAGAUCACGUCUCCGGUGUUGAUCAUCCACGGGACGGAGGACGAGGUGAUCGAUUUCUCGCACGGCCUGGCUCUGUACGAGCGCUGCCCCAAAGCCGUGGAGCCGCUGUGGGUGGAGGGGGCGGGGCACAACGACAUCGAGCUCUACAGCCAGUACCUGGAGCGUCUGCGUAGGUUCAUCGGCCAAGAACUGGCAACCCAGCACACCUGAGGACCUCCCACACACCUCUCUCUCUCUCUCUCUCUCUCUCUCUCUCUCUGUCUCUCUCUCUCUCUCUCUCUCUCUCUCUCUCUCUCUCUCUCUCUCUCUCUCUGACCCGUUUACACUUCCUGUUUCGUGAAUUUCUCGAAAUUCACCCAAGACUUCUUUAAAAUGGAUUUAAACCCAACCCCAAAUCCUUUUGAAUGCUCCAUGACCUCAAUUAUGCAUUACAGAAUAGUAAUGUAGAAUUGUGUACAUUAUUUAUUUACUUAUUUAUUAGCUAUUUCGACAGAUUUUAUUAUCCAGAAUAAACCACUGAGUUUCCUUUAGCAAUAAGAGAUCUAUAAUUAUAAAAAAAAAAAUCAGAUACAUUAGUUACAUAAAAUAAAUAUUAAAUAUAAAAUGAAUUAAUUAUAUUUUUAUAGCAUUUAUUUAAUUUGUUUUUUUAUAUCUAAUUAAUUAUAUAAAAUGAAUAGAAUUAUCAAGUGAGAGUCAAGUGAGAACCUUAAAACCUGCAACAAAUUGAAAUGUAAUUGAAAUUGAAUCAAAAGAACACUUGAAUUGAGCGAAAUGGAGUUUAUCUAGACAUGUGACACUUAUGUGGAUUAAAAAUUUUAAAAAAGUUUUCAUUUGACUCACCCUUGUGAAAUUAAUAAUAAUUCAGGAAAUCAGGAAUAAUGGUGUAUUCUUAAUGACAAAAAAAAAAAAUCUUCCUAAUUUUGACGUAAUUCUUCACGUAACGCCCAAAUUGAUCUCUGCUACUUAAUAGCUUCGAGGUCACAGAAUGCAAAAUGGCCGACCAGAAUCAAACGACGCCAUUUUCAACAUGUUGUUUGGGUUAGCGUCCGGGUAAGGGAAUAAAAAUAAAAAGAAAGAACAUCAUUAGAAGGUUGUUCGAAGGUUUGUUAUCAGUAGUUGUGGAUUAUUAUACACAACGCACAAAUCAGCUUUCACCCCGGCGACACGUCUGAAGUGCAGACGCGUGUGAUUAAAGGUGCGGUUUGUCAUUUUUACGCCUCUCUGCUGCCUGUAAAGCCGAUUACAAUCGCAACAUAAACGCCGACAAGACUUCCGCUUUUCAAUUUCCACAACCUUCCCUUCUUCUCUCUCUGUUAAAACUCUUUGAGAGUUGCCUUUUAUGGAAAAAAAGGGCGGAGCUCAGCGUAUUUCAGCACUUCAGGACUUUGUUUUGUUUGGAGAACGGAUGCUGCGUUCGACUUCACUCGGAAAUGGGAACUCGGAAUUAUGCGAUUCAGCCUACAAAGUGGGGAAAAGUGUUUUAUUAGCAUGAAACUAGCCAACUAACAUUAGUGAUCAUGAGGUGAUGUAUUUUUUUUCUUAAAGCUGUACGGUCAGUGUUAUAGAUUUAACCAAGUAGUUGAUGGAUUUAAAGUAAAUACUGCUAUAAACUGUACUAUGUUUUGUUUACUGUUGACGGUGUGAGCGGCCAUGUUGACAUGUCGUCACGUGCUGAACGCAGAGUUCAGGAGAUUUUCCCGUCUUUCCGAGCAUUUUCUUUGUUUUUUUUUCCUAAUCGGAGGACGAAAAUUUCAGAGUUUUAGCCGAACGCAGCAUAAUUUCCAGAGCAGAAGCAGUUAAAAAGAAAACAGAUACAGAGAGAGAGAGAUUAGAAAUGAAGCUUCCUGAAGUUGUUUCUUAAAUAUCUUGAAAUACUUCUACGGUUGUAGAAACAAUUUUAAAAAUGACACAUCGCACCUUUAAAAUCGUUUAAGUGAAAUCCAGAUGUGUUAAGCAGGCAGGUGUAAACAGAGUCUUUCUUUCUUUCUAUCUAUCUGUCUCUCGGUUUUUCUCUCUCUUUAUCGUCGACGUCUCUCCAGUGGGAGUGAGACAGGUGUCGAUAAAGCGGCAUGGAGUCCUCCAUGUUUAUACGGACAUCGCUGUUGUUCGGAGCGACUCGAUGCUGUUGAUCGACCGCAGAGGUUCUUGCUACUUUGAUGCGGUUGUUCUGACCUCCUCUGUGUGUGUGUGUGUGUGUGUGUGUGUGUGUGUGUGUGUGUGUCCUCGAUGAGCGACAGUGCUGGAAAACACACCAGGCUCGAAAAUCUUUCUCUUCCUCAGUCGGUAGUGUUUACUGGAACUGCUUUUUAGUAGCCUUCCUACCUUAUUAUUAUUAUUAUUAUUAUUAUUAUUGAAAUUCCUCCCAUUUUUUUUCUUAAUACACACGUUCUUUCUCUUCUGAGUUUUAAAGGGUUCAGACUCUGUCGUUAACCUCCAUGUGAUCAUUAGCGUAGAGAUGUAAUGAGCUGACUAAUAACACCGGGAUUAGGAUAAAGCUCUGGAAUGUGUGACCUCGGGCCAGCGUCUUAGAACACGAUAUCCAUGAAAGUGGAUAGUUUUUCCUUCCUCGUAUGCGGUCACGCUCUCCCACAUGUCCUGUGUGUGUGUGUGUGUGUGUGUGUGUGUGUGAUGAAACCCAGCCCCUACCACAUCCGAGGAACAGGUGUGUGUGACGCUGUGAUUCUCGCUUUCUCUCCCUCUCGGGUUCUGCAGUGAAAAGACACGUGAUAUUUCGCUCAAUGUGCCCGAGGCGGAGAUAAACUAAAGAUCGCGAUCCGUAGCUUUUGUCUCCAACGGAUCAGAAUCUCAGGCGGACCACAAUCCCUUUCUUCCGUCAUCGCUGCCCUCCCCGGGGUGACCCAUGACUCAUCUGUUUACAUCUUACCCUUCACGUUUAAUCACCUGUUUUAAACUCUCGCGAUACGUCACACUGAUGAUGUGAUAAACAUUUACUUCUUACAAAUUUCUUACACACCAGUGAUUUGGAGUCGGAAUUGCUUCAUCACGUUUGUUGUCACGGAGAAAUUUGUCUUAAUGAGCGCUUACAUGUUAAUUACAUUAAAUAAAAAUCCUUCCUUUUGACUCUAAAGAGAACGAGUGUGCCCGAGCGUUAGUAUCGAAUGCUAGCUUACUAGCCACCAAGUCAUUUUUUGCAUAUAAACGCUGAUUGUUUAUUAAUAUUUUUUGCUUUAAUAAUGAGGAUGUAGUUUAAUAUUAGCAUUAGAGACAAAGCAUUAUGGCAAAUAAAAAUGGCAGCUACAUUAAUAUUUUAUAAAACCGGGGCUUUGAAUAUUCGUUAUUGUUUUUGGAACGAGUAUCUGAAUACGUGAUCUCAAAACCAUCCUUAAUUUAAUGGAUUAUAUUUCUUUUUCAGCAUUCACCUGAAUUUUAAGUAUGUCUGAUACUGCAGUUCAAAAUAUAUCCAGUAGGGGGCUGGAUGAUGAUGAUGAUGAUGAUGAUGAUGAUGAUGAUGAUGAUGACAUAACACCAGGCGUCAUCUCUGCAGCUAGGGAUGCACCAACAUCAAUACCGUUUUUUCUUAUAAAAAUGAUACUAAAGAUACUAAAAAUGAGGCGCGUAUUGAGUAUGAAUCAGUCAGUGACGUCACGGAGCAUGACGUACAGCGCUGUACGUGUUGGUCGUGGAUGUGUGCUGUUAACUCCUCGUGCUAUGUUUUAGCAGUAUCAGUGAGCGUGGUCUUUAAAAACGAGCUCCAUGAAUCAUCUCAGUGCUCAGUGCUCGCUGAACUGAAGUGCUCUCUCUUUCUCUCUCUCAAUUCACAGCACCUUGCGCUCGUCGAUACUGUUGCACGCACUCAUUUCGGCCGUUCUCGCUGUCUAAUAAACACCAUAAAGAUGUUUAUCUGGUUAGCUGUAUCGUACAGAACUGCCGUAGUUCCUUGUCUUGAUGUUUGCGUUGCUCAUUAAUCGCUCUCACUGCUCAUUAGCGCGAUCACGUACACUGGGAUUACGCCACAUAAUAUCACUGUAUCGGAGUGUUUUUUUUUUUUUUUUUUUAUGAGUACGAGGAAACAAGCUCGAUAUUGAACUGAUAGCUGAUGCAUAUUGAUGCAUCCUUAUCUGCAGCAAUUCUUUUUAUCACACAAACAGUAUUAAUAAUAAUUAGGGGUGUAAACCUCAGGCUUACAGACGAUACCACUAUCAGAUGAUACCACUGAAUCUGCUACGAUACGAUGCAGUUUAUUAACCUCUGAUUGACAUGUGACCAACUUUGUUCAGAGACUGGGGUUAGCAUUAAUUCGCGAAUAAUAAUGACGUAGAGAAGAACUGUUUUAAAAAAUAUCACGUUACAAAGUUAGGGCCAAAUCGACUUGCUAGCAGUUUUUCAGUAAUAAUCGAUUUAGAAUUAAUUCUAAUGAAUAAUAAUCGAAUUAUGAUUGUUGCAUCGAUUCAUUUCGAGCGUCUCGUUUUCAAUUCAUCGAAUGCAUCGAUCCGAAUCGCCGACUCGUUACACCCCUAAUGAUAAAGCUAAACCAAUAAUAAGCUAAGAUAUAAACAAGUAAUACGUGCCAUUGUUAAAAUAAAAGACAUCAGCAGUCAUUGUUUAUUUUUUCGAGGAACUUAAAAACUAGAACAAACGUCUAAAAGUAAAAAAAGGCCUACAGUCGUAGAGAGUCGUAGCCGUUUCAGGAGCUGUGCGACGAUGACGGAAAUAAAAUAAGGCCGGAAUUAUAAACGAACGCAGCAGGUGUUAAUGCAGCCGUAGACAAACACUGUCGUGUGUUAAGUGUGUGGAAGACGAAAGACUGGAGCCAAGGCACUGAACAAAGCUCAAACUGUCGAGGGGUCAUUUGUGGAGCUGCUGUUUGAGGUGUGUGUGUGUGUGUGUGUGUGUGUGUGUGUGUGUGUGUGUGUGUGUGUGUGUGUGUGUGUGGGGACACAAGUGUUUGGAGGACAAGUGCAACACAGGGGCAGGCUUUGGGACUGAGGAUUAAAUUGUUAGAAAACUGAAAGUGCGUGUGUGUGCGCGUGUGUGUGCGCGUGUGUGUGCGCGUGUGUGUGCGCGUGUGUGUGCGCGUGUGUGUGCGCGCGUGUGUGCGCGUGUGUGUGCGCGUGUGUGUGCGCGUGUGUGUGUGACUUUAUGGAGGACCCAGAUGAACUCGAGCUCGUUUCGAAGCUCCAGACCAAUGUUUAGAUUCUGAACUGGUUUUUUUCCUUCCUGAUUUAAAGACGUUUAAGUUAUGAGUCUUUUGUAAAAGCGCUCAGAUGGACGUACUGUAUCAUAUUUACACACAUGUACAUGAAAUUUUGUUCCUUUGGGAUAUUUUUUUUUUUCCUUCUCCUCCUCGGGGUCAAACGGGUUUUCCAGGUGGUGUCUUAUCAUCGUCGUGUCCACUUACACAUUGUUUAUUAUAAUAUAAUAAUUAUAAUUAUUAUAAAAUUGUUGUUUUUAGUUUUUCCAGAUUAAAAAUGAUCUUAGAGAAUUAAAAAUAAUGAAUUGA